GCCUGCAACAGGGGCUGGUCUCGUCUUCUACUGAUGACAAUGGACUCCGAUCCGUCCUCUUCGCUGGUCCGUCUCAACAUCGGGGGCGAGAAGUUUUGGACGACAGUUGAUACAUUAACUCGAAGGGAACCUGAUUCCAUGCUUGCUGCUAUGUUCAGCGGCCGUCACGCUGUCUGCCAGAACUCUGAAAAGGGAUAUGUCUUUGUUGAUAGGGAUGGUAAACAUUUCCGGCAUAUUCUAAAUUGGUUGAGGGAUGGUGUUAUUCCCACCUUGAAAGACAAUGAAUAUUCAGAGCUUCUAAGGGAGGCAGAAUACUAUCAGCUACUUGGACUGAUAGACAGAAUAAAUGAUGUUUUGGAUAAGAGGAAAGAGAAUGAGGGGUUAGAUACUGAAUUGACACGCAUUGAUAUCAUCAAGUGCAUACAAUCGGAAAGAGUUAGGUUUCGAGGAGUAAACCUUUCAGGCCUUGAUCUUUCUAAGCUGGAUCUUUCUUAUGUGGACUUCAGUUAUGCCUGCCUCAAACGUGUAUUCUUCUCCCGUGCAAACCUUCAAUGUGCAAAGUUUCGGGAUGUUGAUGCCGAGAGUUCAAUUUUUCACAAUGCAACUCUGCGCGAAUGUGAAUUCACAGGCGCAAAUCUUCGUGGAUGUUUGUUAGCUGGAGCUAAUCUUCAAAGUGCAAACUUACAAGAUUCUUGUUUAAUAGAUUGUAGCUUCUGUGGGGCUGACUUGCGUUCUGCUCACCUACAGAGCGCAGAUCUCACUAAUGCCAACUUGGAGGGAGCUAAUCUGGAAGGAGCCAACUUAAAGGGUGCAAAGUUGAGUAAUGCCAAUUUGAAGCGUGCAAACCUUCAACGAGCUUAUCUACGGCACGUCAAUCUCCGUGAAACUCAUUUGGAAGGUGCAAAGCUUGAUGGUGCCAAUCUGCUGGGAGCGAUAAGAUGACGAUAAUGUGACACAGCAUACUGAUCCGGUGUUUAUUCUUCCCCACGGAUAAUUUGUCUGUGUUUUAGACAAUACUUUUCACUCGCUUUGAGAAACUAAUAUGUGAAAUGAUGAUGUAUGUACAGCUGAAGUUAAUGGUGGAUUGGAAAUGAUAAAUGGUAGUGUGGGUUGUGAAUGA